AUGCAGAUGUAUCUCCCAUUCUGUGGGAUUGCCAUAUCCAAUGCCCAGCUAUUUGCAGCUUCAAGGAAGGAAUAUGACAGAAGCAGGGCUUUACUGGAAGUAGUGAAUGACCUCUUUGAGGAGCAGACUGACUUAGAGAAAAUUGUCAAGAAGAUUAUGCAUCGGGCCCAGACUCUGCUGAAGUGUGAAAGGUGCUCAGUAUUACUUCUGGAAGAUAUCGACUCACCAGUGGUGAAAUUUACAAAAUCCUUUGAGUUGUUAUCUCCAAAAUGCAGUGCUGAUACUGAUAACAGCUUCAAAGACAGCGUGGAGAAAUCAUCAUCUUAUUCUGACUGGCUAAUAAACAAUAGCAUUGCUGAACUUGUAGCUUCCACAGGUCUCCCAGUGAACAUCAGUGAUGCCUAUCAGGAUCCUCGCUUUGAUGCUGAAGCUGACCAGAUUUCUGGCUUUCACAUAAGGUCUGUUCUGUGUGUUCCUAUAUGGAAUAGCAACCACCAAAUAAUCGGGGUCGCUCAAGUGUUGAACAGGCUUGAUGGGAAACCCUUUGACGAUGCUGACCAGCGACUGUUUGAAGCUUUUGUUAUUUUUUGUGGACUGGGCAUCAACAACACAAUUAUGUAUGACCAAGUGAAGAAAUCCUGGGCAAAACAGUCUGUGGCUCUUGAUGUGUUAUCUUAUCAUGCAACAAGUUCGAAGGCAGAAGUUGAUAAAUUUAAGGCAGCAAACAUUCCUCUGGUGUCAGAGCUUGGCAUUGAUGAUAUCCAUUUUGAUGACUUCUCGCUUGAUGUGGAUGCCAUGAUUACUGCGGCCCUGCGGAUGUUCAUGGAACUUGGAAUGGUUCAGAAAUUUAAAAUCGACUACGAGACACUGUGUAGGUGGCUUUUGACAGUUAGGAAGAAUUAUCGAAUGGUUUUGUAUCACAACUGGAGGCAUGCUUUCAACGUCUGCCAGCUCAUGUUUGCCAUGUUAACUACUGCAGGAUUUCAGGAGAUUCUAAGUGAAAUUGAAAUUUUAGCUUUGAUUGUGGGAUGCUUAUGUCACGACCUUGACCACAGGGGAACCAACAAUGCCUUCCAAGCCAAGAGUGGAUCAGCCUUAGCUCAGCUCUAUGGCACCUCUGCUACCUUGGAGCACCACCAUUUCAAUCAUGCUGUCAUGAUUCUCCAAAGUGAGGGUCACAACAUCUUUGCUAACUUGUCCUCUAAGGACUACAGUGACCUUAUGCAGCUUCUAAAGCAAUCGAUACUGGCAACAGACCUCACUCUGUAUUUUGAGAGAAGGACCGAGUUUUUUGAACUUGUCAGUAAGGGUGGUUAUGAUUGGAAUAUAAAAAACCACCGAGAAAUAUUUCGAUCAAUGCUAAUGACAGCCUGUGACCUUGGAGCUGUGACCAAACCGUGGGAGAUUUCAAGACAGGCAACUGAGCUGGUAACCAGUGAAUUCUUUGAACAAGGAGACAGAGAAAGAUCUGAACUCAAACUCACCCCUUCAGCCAUUUUUGAUCGGAACAGGAAAGAUGAACUACCCAGGUUGCAGCUCGAGUGGAUUGAUAGCAUCUGCAUGCCAUUGUAUGAGUGUCUAGUGAAGCUGAAUGCAAAACUGAAGCCUAUGUUGGACUCUGUGGCAGUAAAUAGAGGUAAAUGGGAGGAGCUGCACCAAAAAAGACUACCUUCUCACACGGCAUCCUCGUCCUCCUUUUCCUCUAGCUUUACCAUGUCUCUCAAAGACAUAAAUUAA